CGCCCUCCGUAUGAAAGCUCGGCGGUCCACAUCUUCUUCUUCAGGAGAACGACUUAUCGGGAAAAAAUCUGGGUCGGAAGGAGACUCACUAGGAUUGGAGUCAUCUGGAGACAGCUCUUCAGAUGAAAGACGCAAGCCGCUCGAGCUCGAAGGAGCAGGAUGGAGAAGAUGGCACCGCAAAUGCACCCAGUGUCCCGAAGACAUGGCCAAGAAGUGGCGCGACCCAACCAUCAAGUGGAUCUGCGGCGGGUACCAGCGCGCGCGCCGCUCCUUCAAGAGCGAGUGCAUGAUGUACUAUAGGAACUGCCAGGAUGGCACUAUGUUCGUUAAAAUCCACGACCACCGUUGCGACGAAACGGCGGUCGGCUACAGGGGUGGUCGGCACUUCUUCUACGAUUACCAGGUCAAACUGCCGGAUGACACCAGCGGAAAGAGCACCGAGACCGAAACCGACAGCGAGUCGUCCGACGUCAGCUCCAUUAGAAAAUUGGAUAGCGGGGACGCUUGA